UUGUUGCACAAUGCUCUGUUUUUCCCCCUCUACGCCCGGAACAACACCCAGCCAGGCUGCUUUAUACUCCGAUGCGGCUGGACGGAACCGGGCGGCAGAGUUGGAACAGAUUCACCUGAACGCAACACCGCGUUCAUGGAUUCGUCCCAAUUGUUAGAUUAUGGGUUUCCAGUUUGUAAUUUCUCCCGUGGAUGCGGUGUCUGGGCUGACCGCGACUGCACCCUCGGUCAGCAUCUUCCCUGUUUGGUGGUAGAUGUGACGGAUCGCACAAACGCUUCAAGCCUCGCAAUGGGUCAAGACAGGGGGAAGUACGACUUCUACAUCGGCCUGGGACUGGCCAUCAGCUCCAGCAUCUUCAUCGGGGGCAGCUUCAUCCUGAAGAAGAAGGGGCUUUUGAGGCUCGCCCGGAAGGGAUCGAUGCGAGCAGGCCAGGGUGGUCAUGCAUAUCUAAAAGAAUGGCUGUGGUGGGCCGGCUUACUAUCAAUGGGUGCUGGAGAAGCUGCCAAUUUUGCGGCGUACGCUUUUGCUCCGGCGACUCUGGUCACCCCUCUGGGAGCCCUCAGCGUGCUUGUCAGUGCGGUGCUGUCGUCGUACUUCCUGACGGAGCGGUUGAACCUGCACGGGAAGCUUGGCUGCAUGCUCAGCAUCCUGGGCUCCACCACCAUGGUGAUCCACGCCCCCCAGGAAGAGGAGAUCAGCAGCCUGGAGCACAUGGCCAAAAAGCUGGUUGACCCAGGGUUUUUCAUCUUUGCCACUCUGGUCAUCAUCGUGGCUCUGAUCUUCAUAUUCGUCGUGGGCCCCCGCCACGGUCAGACCAACAUCCUGGUCUACAUCACCAUCUGCUCGGUGAUCGGGGCCCUCUCGGUGUCCUGCGUCAAAGGGCUGGGCAUCGCCAUCAAGGAGGCCAUCGCGGGCAAAAGCGUGGCGCGGAACCCGCUGGCGUGGAUCCUGCUCCUGGGCCUGGUGGCCUGCGUCAGCACGCAGAUCAACUACCUGAACAAGGCGCUGGACAUAUUCAACACCUCCCUGGUGACGCCCAUCUACUACGUGUUCUUCACCACCUCGGUGCUCACCUGCUCCGCCAUCCUCUUCAAGGAGUGGGAGCACAUGCGCGCGGGCGACGUGAUCGGCACGCUCAGCGGCUUCCUCACCAUCAUCGUGGGCAUCUUCCUGCUCCACGCCUUCAAGGACGUCAGCGUCAGCCUGGCCACUCUGGCCGUGUCCAUGAGGAAGGAGGAGCGGGCCGGCCCCGCCGCCAACGGCACGGCGUCCCACAGCAGCUACGAACUGCUUCACAACGAGCCCGCCGAGGAGCCCGACACCAGAGAGAUGGCCCUGCCUUUCGAUAGCAUCUCGAGAAGGAACGGAGCAAUGACGUCUUCGUAGAAUUUCUUUUUCUUUCUUUUCUUUUCUGACUCAGCCAUGGCAUUGUUGUACCCAUGGUUUAGGAAAACAAUGAGACAAUCAACUGUGAGGCAGGUGUGGACAGACCAGUGGAUUGUAUUCAUUUUAAUUUGCCUUACUUUUCCUCUGAAUAUGACGUCGUCAUGUUCAUUUACAGAAGCCCA